GACCGCGCCGCAUUAUGGGAAAUUGAGUUUCUCUGGCCCAAUCGUGUCAUAAAAGAGCCAUUGACGUUUCUUUUCUGCGAGAACUUCAACCAACGCUCACGUGCUUUAUUUAAAACACCGCGUUACUGUUAAUAUUGGCUAAAACAGUGUACCUUCACCAUGGGAAGAGGCUACAUUGUGGAGGCUUUGGUGGAACAAUACCUGGUCAACCUCCAGACUGUAGAUGCGUCUUGUAUUAGUGGAAUCUUGAUUGGACAGUGUUCGUCCCAGAGGGAUUAUGUGGUGCUGGCAGCACGGACGCCGCAGAAAGACGCAGGGGCAGCGCGCGGGUGCUCGCUUGGUGACAUCGAUGCCGAUUGGGUCACGGAGCACGGCCGACAGGCUUCACGGAUGUUACCAGGAGGUUUGUCUGUUCUUGGUGUGUUUCUGAUCACGCCCCCUGACCUGUCAAAAGAGGCCCAGAACACCCUGAGGAAGCUGGUCUAUGCUAUGGAAAAGCUUAUAUCGAUGGGAAGGUUGUGGAAUCUCACUGAUGAAGAUGUAUCUGAGAGGGUGGGGCUACACAUCUGCUCAAAGACAAAGAAGGCUGUUUGUCGCACAUUUGAUGUCCGGGACCCCAAGAGUUCCGCUAAGCCUGCAGAUUGGAAGUACCAGUCUGAUGUGUUUGAAUCCUGGCCUGUCUUAAAAUGCUCCGUUGAUUUGGAUUUAUAUUUUCCCUUGUCGGAAACGUCGCCCGAAAACCUGGAAAGAAGUGUGAAGAUUGGCCUUCAAAAAUGGGCGAAGCAAAUGGAGUCUAGUGUUUGUCUCAUUAAUGGAAAGCAUUCAGAUAGUGACGCUGAACUGUUGACAGGGCAGAGAAAGAAUGCCAAGGGGCAUCAUCCGAACUUUCGCAUUCAGAUCAUGCUCCCUACGAUGAGCUCCACGCCGGGGGAGCAGCGGAGCACUGCGGUUGUGGAGGCAUGCAGUGGCUCCCUGACUCUGGCAGGGGUCCUGCACUGCAGAGCCUACGUACACAGCCACAAGCUGAAGGCCAGACGGGCUGCUGAGGCCAUUAAAAGGGAUAUAAUGAACACACUGUCCAACAGAACAGAGAUGUUCUUUGAAGAUCUCCUCAUUAAUGAGGGAGAUGGUGGCAAAGGGAAAAUAGCAUCACAGCAGCCUCUUCCACAGCGGGUCUUUGCCCCCUUGCCAGGCACCAGUCUCAGCGUGUGUGACUACAUGUUCCCCGAUGAGGAUGCAGCAGAAGUGAGAGAACGCUUGAAGGAGACGCUGGACUUUGACAUCCCAGAAGAGCAAAUAGAUAUGACCCAGGAGGUCAUAACUGUUAAUUCAAAAGUCGUUUCGGAAGAAAAGCCAGGCGAUGUGCUGCAGGCUCAGGCCGAGUCUCCCGGAAACCAGAAGGUGGUGCACCACUAUGUCGGUGUGGCACUGGCCGCUGGAAUCGCUGUCCUUGCAUCUGCUGUGUCGCUGCUCUACCUGAACGACUGAGUGCGAGAGGAGCACACGCUCAUGCACGCCGCAAGGUGCCAACAACCUAAUCUGAUUUCGCACCCGUCGAUAAGUCAAAUCGCUAUAUUGUUGCUUCCCACACAUCAAAAGAAAUUACGAUCCUUGUCACU